UCUUGCCGAGUUUUUCGGCUGUCUGUGUUUAGCCGAUGUGAAUUGUGCUAAUUCUGACAUUUAACUCCGGAAACACAAAUGUAAAAGCGUUAACAGCCUUUAAAGCUCGAACAUCACGCUCGGCUCUACUUUAGCUGUCAGACGGCGGUGAGUAGGAACCAAAACUCCGACAGUUUAAAGAAAUGCUUCGCUUCGGGACCAAAAUAAUCCAGUCAGAGAGUGUGGUUUUGUCUUGAAGCGAGGUGCGAGUGAGCAGCCAUGUCUCGGGUGGUGAAGAAGCGGCAGGCCGACCCCAAGGUGGUGCAGUACGUGUGGUCGGCCAUCAAGGUGAUCCGCAGCCAGAAACAGAUCGCUAACAUGGACCGGAUCUCAAAGUAUCUGAGCCGUGUGUACGGGAUGCACCCCAAAGAGACGUCCAGACAGCUGGUGUUAGCGGUGAAGGACGGGCUCGUGGUGGAGACGCUCACUGUGGGCUGUAAGGGCUCUAAGGCUGGAGUGGAGCAGGAGGGAUACUGGCUGCCCGGAGACGAGAUGGAGCAGAUGUCAGAGGGGAGUAAGCAGGAAUGGGAGGCAGAGAGUCAUGACUGGUACUGUUUCGAGUGUCAUCUCCCAGGAGACGUGCUGGAGUGCGACGGCUGCUUCCGCGUCUAUCACAUCCGCUGUCUCCCUGACGAGUCCCAGCCCCGAGACUCCACCUCCCACUGGCAGUGUGCUGUCUGCAGGGUACAUGGCAGUAAAAGGGCGAACUUUAACAAACAGGAAAUGGCCGUAUAUCUGAGGUUCAUUCUCGCCCGUAUGAAAGAAAGGGCCAUCGACCUGCACAAGAGAGGCAAAGAGACGAAGCAGGCGGUGUACCGGAGGCUGAUCCACACGGCGCUGGACGUGGAUAACAUUCAGGAGAACAUUUCCGAGGGCAAGUACAAGAACUUUGAGGAAUUCAAAGCAGACGCCCAGCUGAUUGUCCACAACACGGCCAUUCUCCACGGAGCGCGCAGCGAUCAGACCGAAAUCGCCAGACUUCUCUACAACGACACGUGCCAUGAGCUGAACGAGCUGCAGUUGUGCAGAACCUGUUUCCAUCUGUCUAACGCUCGGCCCGAUAACUGGUUCUGUUAUCCCUGUGCUCCCAAUCAUGAGCUAGUCUGGGCCAGAAUGAAGGGUUUCGGUUAUUGGCCCGCCAAAGUGAUGCAGCGAGAAGGGAACCAGGUUGAUGUUCGUUUCUUUGGUCACCAGCACCAGAGAGCCUGGAUCCCUUCAGACAACAUCCAGGAGAUUACCGUGAACGUGCAGCAGCUCCAGGUGAAGCGCAGCAGCGGAUGGAAGAAGGCGUGUGAGGAGCUGGAGCUUCACCAGCGCUUCCUCCGCGAAGGACGCGCAUGGAAGGGACGCGCGGACGAGCGGCAGGAGGAGGCCGAGUCCAGCAUCUCCUCCACCAGCAACGAGCAGUCGAAGAGCAAUCAGGAGCCUAAAGCUAAGAAGAGCCGCCGUUCCCAACCACCAGAACCCAAAGAAGAGCAGGAGCCCGAGCCCGAGGUGGAGGCUGUGAGUUCGAGUCAGGAGAUCCCCACCGCCGCUCCCCACCAGCCCGAGCGCAUGUCCGUCUCAACACAAACCAAAAAGUCUCCGUCGUCCUCUUCCUCGCCCGCGCCCCGCAUGCUGCACCGCGCCACGCAGACGCUCAACGAGGGCAGCUGUCAGAACAUGUGCCACGACAAGUACACCAAAAUCUUCAGCGACGUCAAGGAGAUGAUGAAGGUCGAAAACAAGCGCGAGACGGAGCGAGUGCUGAAGGAGGCCCUGGACAAGCUGAGGGUGGAGAUGGAGGAGGAGAAGAGGCAGGCAGUGAGUAAAGCGGUGACCAACACGCAGGCGGAGAUGGAGCGCAAGUGUAAGCAGGUGAAGGAGAAGUGUAAGGAGGAGCUGAUGGAGGAGAUGAAGAAGAUGAUGAACCAGCACAAGCAGCUCAUCUCCCAGACCAAGAAGAAGCAGUGGUGUUAUAACUGCGAGGAGGAGGCGAUGUACCACUGCUGCUGGAACACGUCGUACUGCUCCAUCAAGUGUCAGCAGGAACACUGGCACGCCGAUCACAAACGCACCUGUCGCAGGAAGAGAUGAGCUGCAGCCAAUCACAGUGCCCCCCUGUAGCUCCGCCCACCCACACGCCACGCCGUCGGAUGAGUUCCCUUCACCCCGAGUUUUAAACACUUUCCUCAACAUGGACCGUCUGUCUCAGUGACUCUUAAGGCGUAAAAAGACAUGAAGAGGAACCGAUUUUACCUUUUAUUUUAUUUUAUUAUAUUUUAUGUAAAUCUUUUAUUUGCUGUAAAAUGAAAAGAGCCUUGCUUGCCUACAAACUAACUGAAAUGUGAAGUAAUAACCUUUUUAAACAGGUGAUUCUAAAUCACUGGCUGUGUAGAUAUUUGACUUUUCUAUGAGCGGACGGUGUUUUGCCUCCUGUGAUGAUGGACGUCAGUGUUUUACCCGGUUUGUUUGUUUGUUUGUUUGUUUGUUUGUUUUUUUGUUUGGUUGGUUGUGAGACGCAUCAUGUUUUGGGAACAGGGUUGAAGACGGCAGGUCGUUUCUGUCCGGAAAAUAUACAAUCUUCCAUUUAUGAAUAUGCACAUUUUAUGUUACACUUUAAUAUAGAAAAAAAUGACCUUAAAUAAAGGAGAGCAGAUUAUUUAUGUGCUACGUUCGGGCCCGUGCUCUGUAGAUAAAGCGUGUUUGAGUCUUGAGGACCUUCAUGAGGUGUGAGAACCACGCCCUGAUCUUCAUGCUUCGCUCUUGGAAACGAAGGUUCUGCAGUUCAGCAUCAGGUUCAGGACUGAUAAGUCGAACAAGGAACUGAAACACACACGUAACAUCAGCUCGGUUUCAUUCGUGUUUCUGGGGAGAGGAUCGGUCCGAUCAGCGAGAGGCCGAGACCAGAACCGGCUGAACGAUGAAGGAAGCCUGACUGAGAUCACUUCAUACUCGGCUUUACCUGUAACUCACCUGUUUAAUGCGUUUGAGAAUCUCUCUCUCUCUCUCUCUCUCUCUCUCAUCACUGUUGCACUACGUGUAAAUAAGCGUCUGCAGCUAAACGUGACCGUGUUCAGAUUUGCACGUGAGCAGCCUUCUGUACAUUUCAUGAAUGCAUUAACUGUAUUUGAUUUUCUCAAAAGCUAAACAAUGAAUUCUUUGUAAUUCUGGGAAAGUGUCUCAUUCCAGUGCGCAUGAAAACCCGCUUGUGUUUACUCUCCGUUUCUCCUUUCUCUCCUCGCUGCCGGGUUUCUGCAGUGAAACUUUAUUUUAUUUUAUUUUUUUCUUUUCUCAAAGAGACUUGACUUCAUUAUUAUUAUUAUUUUUUGUUUAGUUUUUUUUUUGUAAUUGCGGAUUCUUUUGUAUCGUGGACGACAUGAUGAACUACUGAAAGUGCGACCGAGUCCGAGUCUGGUGUUUCCUUUCAGAUGUGCGUUUGGAGUCAUGUUGUGUAAAAGUCCCGCCCCUUUUUCUCCCCCCAGGCGUGUCUGUAUAAGAUGCCCCUCUCCCUCAUUACACUCUGUAACAGUAACUCUGUAUAAUAAACAAUAAACAUAUCGAACACCUUUA